AUGUCAGAUGUUGGAGUUAUAGGGCUGGGUAUAAUGGGCAAGAAUCUCAUUCUAAAUCUUGUGGAUCGUGGAUACACAGUGCAUGUUUUCAACAGAACAAUAUCUAAGACUGCAGAAAUUGAAAAAAUUUCUUCUAAAAUUCUGGGAUUCGACAACCUUAAUGCAUUUGUUUCAUCAUUACGGUCACCAAGAAAAAUUUUGCUAAUAGUCUCUGCUGGUAGCCCUGUAGAAGAAUAUUUGAGACGUCUUAGUGAACUAUUAAAUGAAAACGACAUUGUAAUUGACUGUGGGAAUAGCAAUUAUAAAGACACAAUACGAAGAUUUCACCAAUAUAAAUUUAAUUUUGUCGGCUGUGGUAUGUCUGGCGGCGAGCAAGGUGCCAGAUAUGGGCCAUCUCUAAUGAUAGGAUGUAAAAAAGACGCAUAUGGCCAAGUUAGGAGCAUAUUGGAGAGUAUCAGUGCCAAGCACAAUUCCAAUCCAUGUUGCAAGUGGUUAGGCAAUGAUGGUGCGGGUCAUUUUGUUAAGAUUGUGCACAAUGGAAUUGAGUAUUGUGAGAUGCAACUACUUCAGGAGCUUUUAAAUAUUUCUCCAUCGCAUGAAUUUUCAUUAAGGAUAUUUGAGUCUCUCCACGUUGGCAGAUGCAACGGCUAUUUAGUGGAAAUUUGUGAAAAAAUUUUAAGAACGCGUAAUGACUCAGGCAUUGUUCUUUAUCAAAUAAAUGAUAGAGCGGAACAGAAGGGCACCGGGAAAAUGUGUGUUGUUGCUGGGGUUGAAACGGAUUUUGAUGUGAGUUUUAUAGCACAAGCUGUGUUUUCAAGAUAUUUAUCAAAUGCAAAAGAUAAGCGAGUAAAAUUUAAUAGCAAAGUUAAAAAUAUGUCAUGCCAUAAAAUUAUUGAUCAAAGCAAAUUCAGCACUGCUACUGAGAACAGAGAUGUUGUAGAUAUCGAUGUUUUUGAGAAGGCCUUCUAUCUUGCAAAGGCGCUUUGCUACAUUCAAGGUGCUAAUCUUCUUAUGAAUAGUAAACUUGUUCAUGGUUGGAAUUACACCAUUUCUGAUAUCUGCGAUGUUUGGAGAAAUGGCUGUAUCUUACGGUGUGAAUUUUUAGACGUUUUGAGAGAAAUAUCCAAAAAUGAUAUUUUUGAAAUUUCCGAUGGUUUUUUAGCUAUAUUAGAUGAAUGCUUGCCAUCUCUGAAGCAGCUUUGCUUGUUUUGCCUGGAAAAUAAUGUUUACUCUCCACUUUUCAACAAUUGUCUUACGUGGUUGUACGGGAUGAAUAUGAAAGCAGGAAAUGGCACUUUGUUGCAAGCAAUGAGAGAUUAUUUUGGUGGGCAUGGUGUUGUAUUGAUUAAUGGAGAAGAAGUAAAUAUUGACUGGAAUGAAUAG